UUGUCUCCACCUCUUUUUAUAUUUCACCUACCAUCUCCGCCCACAAGCCUUCUGAGCGCUCUAUCCCCGCCCUGUUUCUGUCAAUUUAUCUAUUUUCUUCGUAAUUGAUCAGCUGUACCUUCCCAGUUGUGUAAUGCCCGGACUUCGGGACUCAGAUCCUGCGAUGGCCGAGCAGCUGGAGGAACAACCCGAGAUCUCUUCCUUAUGAGUGUGAUGCUGCAAUUAUGUAACUAUCUCCCAAGUGUGCUGGUGUCUUCGGCUGUGAAGUACAGAUCACACCGGAAGUUGGAGAAAAGGGAACAUAUCCACACCAAUCUUGACUUACUACAGAGAACACUUGGUGCAUUUUGACUAGGGUCAGAACACCUAUUGUAGUCAUUCCUCAUCUGUGUGUUGAAGUAGGCGGGGCUAGAUCAACAUCUAAUCUAUCAGAGCAAUAUCAUCCGCAAAGCAGCACAGAUUAUUUCAGAAUUUAAAUGUACUGUUCCUGAGUCUUGGGAAAAGUGGGCAGUGAUCGGUCAACUCAAGUGAUUAAAUAAAUCUCAAAGCUGGUUAACUGGCUGGAUCCCGUCUUGGUGUCCAACAUCCAUGUCCAAAUUAAAGGCUGUGGAGUCAAGGAUCCUUCAAUGUAUCCAGAACAGAUUUUCUGCUCGUUAUGUUUCUCUCCCCGAUCAAAACAAGAUUUGGACUUUGACAGUGAGCCCUGAGCUCCAGGACAAGACACCUUUAGUGAUGAUCCAUGGGUUUGGAGGAGGAGUAGGACUAUGGGUUCAAAACAUAGAUGCCCUAAGCUCACGCCGAGCUCUCCAUGUUUUUGAUUUGUUGGGAUUUGGACGUAGCUCCCGGCCAACCUUCCCAAGUGACCCAGAGGGAGCGGAGGAGCAAUUUAUUUCUUCCAUUGAGCAGUGGAGAGAAGAAAUGGGAAUCAAGGACAUGAUUCUUCUGGGCCACAGUUUAGGUGGAUUCCUAGCUGCAGCCUAUUCAAUCAAAUACCCCAGGAGGGUGAAACACCUUGUUCUUGCUGAUCCUUGGGGCUUCCCCCUCCUACCUACAGACCCCAGUGAGGUGCGUUCUCCCCCUGCAUGGGUGAAAGCUGUGGCUGUAGUGCUUGGACGAUCCAAUCCUUUGGCGGUUGUGAGAGCAGCAGGACCUUGGGGUCCCAGAUUGGUGCAGAGAUUUCGUCCAGAUCUGAAGCAGAAAUUUGAGGAGUUCUUUGAAGAUGACACCAUUAUGGAAUAUAUUUAUCACUGCAAUGCCCAGACACCCAGUGGUGAAAGUGCCUUUAAAACAAUGAUGGAGAAGUUCGGUUGGGCUAAGCGCCCAAUGAUGUCCCGAAUUCACUUGAUUCCAAAAGACGUCCCCAUCACAUUUAUCUAUGGAGCAGAGACCUGGAUUGAUCGCAGUAUAGGGGAAAAGGCCAAACAGCAGCGUUCUGAUUCUUAUGUGCAUACACUGGCUAUCAAAGGUGCUUCUCACCAUGUCUACGCAGACCAGCCACGUAUCUUCAAUGCCGUGGUGGAAGAGAUUUGUGAUGCCGUGGACUGAGAUUUCCUUACAGCACUUGGAGAGGAGUCUGAUAGGUUCUAUGAGCAAAUGCAUCCAAAGCUGAAGACUUAAUAUAAAAUGCCAGGCUGACUUAAUUCUGAGCUUUAUACUUCUGACAGGAUAGAUUACAGCACAUUCUGAAUACAGUCGGUCUCUAACAGUACCACAAAUUGUUGUCACACUGACCAACUGCGCACGUGAUGUCUCUCAACCACUGAUACUAUUAACUUGCUGUCAUAAGGAUCCUAAACAAUGAUUAUUUAAACUUUUUUUUUUAAGGUGCCAAUUUACAAUAUUUUAGGUGCCCUCUUACAAACUAACAGAGGAGCAUCUUGAAGCUUUCCUUCUCUAAAAUAUGACAAAUGGUUAUGUGUGAUGUUCAUUCCACAACCAUACUAGGAUGACCAUCUCCGUGUUCACGAAAAAAAGCACAAAACUAAAUUUGCACCUAGACGGUUACGGGCAUGUAUGGGAGACUGUGUCUACCCAAAACCUGUGGGUCUCUCCUUAAAUGUUAGAACUACCUCUUUCAGGUGCCAGACAUGUGUAUCCGUUUUGUUCUGUUUUUUGUCUACUGUAGUGAUCAAUGUUAGUGAUGCAUUUUUGUGCCAUUCUUUUGAUCAUUUGUUUGUCCAGUUUUUAUAAAUGUUUAUUAAUGUAUUAUUAUCGUAGGGUAACAUUGAGCAUAGUCACUAAAAUUCUCUGCAGCUGUUCUAGUCCUACUGUACAAGGUGCUGCAUUGCCAUUAUGUGCUCUCUUCUACUUUUAUACACUGGAAGGUUUUUUUUUUUUUACAGAAUACCAGAAGCAGAAAGGAAGGAAAAUCAAUGUUAUGUUUAUGCCAAUUGCCAUGUAAAAUACAGAUUCUUGAAUUGAUAACUGAAGCUAGAAAUUACAAAUCUUCUAAUAUAUAUUAAUACAUUAUUUAUAAAUGUUUUCAAGCCCAGAUGACAUAUAUAAAUCCAGUUAGUGCAUUAUAUUUAGAAUAAAGGGGUCUAUAAUUACUUAGGUUGAGUUGAAGUAAAUAGCAGUUUACAAUACAGUGAUUUUUAAAAAAAAGUUAUCUUUAGUGUAAUUAAUAAUUUGUUAUUUAAAGUUACUUCCAUUUGCGCCUAAGAGUCACAGUCAUGUCAAAACAGGUUAUGGGCGAUAUCCAAUUAGCCACUGUAAAUUACUGCAACUUAUUGUCCUGCAGGAGAUACAAAAUCCCCGGAACAGUCUCCUUUUCAUGCGAAAAUAGAGAUGUUUCUCAUGGAAGCACACAACCUGUAUGUUUUUGGGAGCAAAGCUGUUUUUUUACGGGUGAUCCUAAUUGGAUAGCCUGUAAAAAAAAAAAAAAAAAAAUUUGGUUAAUUGGAUACCACCCUAUGUGAGACUGGAUUGUUUAAAGGACAUUAUUAUAAACCAUUGGAUCAAGCCCAGUUUCACACCUCUGCCAUCUGCAGCAUGUAACCCAGCAAUUUCUUACUAUCUCAGGGCGUGAUAUUGUCACAGAGUGCCUUGAAUGUGAGAAACUCUUUUAAAACAAAGUUUUCUAUACCACUCUAUCUGUGCAUGACUGGUUACUGUGCUGCCGGGACAUGCUAAUUACUCCUUAAUGUUUUAUUACAACCUCUGAAUUUGUCAACUUUCAAUUGUUGCAAAAUGAGAGCAGUAGCUCUCUAUGUUUACAAGAUGGGUAAUGCCAUACUGUAGCUGUCUUUUACUGUACCCUAUAUCAGAACAGCUAAACAGCAUGCUGUCGAUAUUGUUUAUUGUGCUCUAAACAAUUGACUUAUUCAGUGCUUAAAGUGAACAUCCACACAAUGCUGGUGUAUUGUGUGAUUAACCACACUUCUGUAGGUUGUUACAUUUAUUCAGUUGCAUGUUGUCUGAUGUUAUUUGUGCAUCUUGUGAGAGAAGGGGUUUUUGGGUUUUUGGGUUUUUUUGGUCCCCAAUUCCAGAUUAUUUCUCUCUCUCUCUGAGUGAAGCUGGUGUAAAAAUAAUAGCCACAAGAUAAUAUGCCAUUGUAUUCAAAACAUAAUUGGCAGGUAAACUUGUGCAUUUAAUAUCUUCAUGGUGCCCCCUCAUUGGCUAGCUGUGCAUAUGUUAUAGCAAAGUUAACUGUUUUCAAAAGUACACAGUCCCAGCACUUGAGUUAUCAGUACUAAUGUAUGGUUGUUUUUAAUUUCCUUUCACAAUCUUUUGUUUUUAUUAUUAGAUAGAAAAUCAUAAUGAGUAAAGUAAGAGUGAAUGGUACAUUGUGGAUAUUCCAGAUAUGUUACUGAUAUGCAAUGGAAAAUCAUUGCAGUACGCAGGACUGUAUUAAGCACUUGCCAAGAACCAUUAAUUGAGUUAUACUUAAUGUAUGUCUCAAUUGCAACAUUUGAUUAUCUUUCUUUCUUUAGAUUGUAGUUUAUGUUGACAAAACGCACAAGGCCAGUAUGUAAAGCGACCACAUAUUCACUAUACAGUGUAUAUGUGUUACUGGUAUUGCACAAACUGUAUUGUUUGUAUUCUGAUUAACAACAUAUAUUGCAAUGUUUGUUUUCUUUCAGUUAAACUAAUCUGAAGAUCUCAUGGUGCGUUUUAAAGUUAAUUAACUUUAUACUCAUUUCUAUUUAAAAUAAAGUCUUGUAAAGA